CUGCGCGAUCGUUAGAAAUGGGUUUAUCAUUCGGCUGUUUUUUAUCGCUAAGAGUUCACUUCCAUUAUUUAUGCCGAAAUAAAAUGAGUCCAAACGAGGUAUUCGAUAACAAAUAUUUUAGACACAACAGGACGCUACUGAAACAAGUCGCGCUUUGGCCCUAUGCGUCGACGUCAUCGAAAGUUGUCAAGAGAAUAUUCAUUAUUGUAUGCUUUUAUUCCAUGAGUUUGCCGCAGGCGAUUCGGGGUAUUGAGGAAAUUGUAUCAGUUAAUGUAAAUCAAGAAAUAGUCAUCGAAAACUUGACUGGUUUCUUAUAUUUUCAUGCAGUAAUAGCAAAAGUUAUAACUCAAAUUGUCACAGAAAAAAGGUUGAAAUACCUGUACGAAGAAAUUUCCAACGAUUGGAAAAUAAUCACUGAUAAAAGAGAAAAGGCUGUUCUCGAAAAAUCAGCUGCCGUUGGUCGAAAUUUGACUCUCGCCUAUACUGGAUUCGUUGUCAUCAGCGCAAUAUUAUUCAUAUCGAUAAAUGCAUUUGUCCCAGUUUUGUUAAAUUACAUUUUGCCAGGCAAUACAACUUACCAAAAACAACUAUGCAUUUAUGCCGAAUACUUUGUGGAUCAAGAAAAAUAUUUUUAUUAUAUUUUUACGCACACUAUGAUCAUCGGUGUAAUGACAGUUUACGUCGCAACUACCAUCGAUUGUGUUUUCGUUUGUUGCGUUCAACACGUUGUAGGCUUAUUCAACAUCAUAAAAUACCGUUUGAGAGAAAUUAGCAGAAUAUACGAUACUGCUGUGAAUGAAUCCAUAAUCGAUUUGCACUUUGACGCGAAGAAAUAUUUAAUUAACGUUGUUGAGAUUCACAAAAAAACUCUCGAUUUAGCUGAGCUCAUCCAAAAUACCUACAAUGAGUGCUUUUUUUUACUUACUAUAUUAAUUGUUGCCGGAUUAGCCACUUUUACUUAUGUUUUAGCUGAAAAUGUACAUAAUCCACUAAAUUUUAUGAGGAUUUGGUGUUUAUGGUUUGGCGCUAUCGUUUACAUGUUUUUCGUGAAUUUACCAGGUCAAAAAUUAUUAAAUAUCAGCGAAGAACUUUUUCUGGCACUUUAUAAUAGCAGUUGGCACAAAUUUCCAAUGAAAACACGUUUUAUAAUCCAAGUGAUGAUGAUUCGUUGCUUGUCACCGUGUCGUUUGACAGCAGGCCCUUUGAUAGAAAUUAAUUUUCAAAGCUGCAGUAAUGUAAAUGUUUCGUCAAUUAAAUACCUUUUGUAAACGAUUGAUUAAAUAUUAUUAAUUUAUCUUUAAUUGCAGCUUCUUAGAAUGGCAUUUUCAUAUUUUACCGUUGUAAAUUCAAUGAAUAGUUGAAAAAAUAGACAAGUUAAAGCUUCAUUGUGCAGGUUGAUUGUUAAUGAAAACAACUAUUUUUUAUUUUCAGUUAUAUCAUUCUCGAAAAAUGAAUGAAAAAUGUAGAAGAACGUUUUCCUUUAUCAAAAAGUAAGUCAACAAAGUUGAAAACAAAAAAAUCGAAAAAAAGUUCCCUAUACAUAAAUUGCAAAAUAAGUUCUGGCUUCAUCAAUACCACAAUCAACAAUAGAUACAGUUUCAUUCAACGCGAUUCCAGCAGCUUUUUUGAAAUUUUGUUUUGCACAUACUGAUAUUUGUAAAGGCAUUCAAUCUAGUUUACAAAUAUGUAAACUAAGUUAUUCUACGAUAUGCUGUACAUUUUAAAAAUGCACCAAGUAUAGUGGUAACGCAACGACAAAAUCAACUGCGUAGAUAGAGCACAAAUGCUCUUGAUUUACAAUAGUUAAAAUUCGUUUGUUAGCCCGUGACAGCGUUCCAUCACGUACACUUCUACUGCGUCUAAUUCUCUUUUCUUUUUUCGAUUUUUUUAUUUUAUCAUUUCAACAUUUUUAAAAAAAUUUUCAGCAUUGAAUUUAGACUACGAAGACCAAUGAAAAUGCUCGAUUAUUCCAAAAACCAUGAUACAUCGGCUUCGUGCACGUGCCCAACGACGGGGGCCAACAAAGAAACGCCGUAAAAAACCCCCAUCCUUUCACAAUCUGCCUCGUGUCGACUCUAUAGCUAGCGAGCCAAAGAAAAAAACAACAACAGCCGUUACGUCUAUUUUACCCAGCGACGAGCAUCGUCGUGGCAACGUAUACUACUAGCCCAUCGGGAACGUAAAAACCCAAAAAUCAUUCCCCGAAAAUGUACCUCGGGCAAGUCCAUCGUCUCUGCGAGUAUCUACGCUCGUGGAUAUUUCUAGAUAAUACAUGGGUGCGGUGCUGCACGGCACGUUCCAUAUAGCCGGUGCGCGCAGCCGAGCUCCAACCGGCCGGUGAGACGCGCAUCUGCAACAGCGCAUCGUGUUGGUAAACACGCAGCAGCAGAGGCCGCACAGAGCGCAGCUGUCAGCUUACAUACAUAUAUAUACAGCAACGGCACGAACACACGCAUAUAUGUAUAGUACACGUUUCACAUACGUAUAUAUGUAUAUAGAGCUAUUCGCGCCCACAAGCGACGAGGACUGCUGCUGCUGCUUCUGUGCAGAAAGUCACGUAAGCCACUCUUCCUAAUCGAUGAUGAACUCGCAGCAACUUCGCCCAAGCGACGAGUUGCUAUGUAUGCAUUCUUGACCCUUUUUUGCAAUGCAAAAGUGCUUCUCGAGUGCUCCGGGCGACUCUUGAAUUGGCUAUCAAGAAGUAUGACGCAUAAAAUAGGAUCAAAUUGUUGAAAAAUUUUAAAGCUUUUUCAUAGUCCUUUUAUAAACGUUGCAAGUCUAAGAUUAGAUUCUACGCAACAACGAUUUUUUUCUUUUCAUAAAAAGGGUUUAAAAGAGGAGCGUCCAGAUAUAUUUUUUUCCUUCAGUGAAACAGUACAUCGAGUUCUCGGAUGAAGUUUAUAAACGGCGCUCGCAGAUAACAAUUAGCCGGCAACAAUCGAUAAAUAUAGAAUCGGCUGUUUAUAUCUCUGAGCACGUUUUACCGGCACAUAACGCGAAAACAUUGACAAAGGUCACGAUAUAUUAAAGUUGGCUAAAUCCUCGAGGCGAUCAUCGCGUUAUAAUUGCACUUACAUACGAUGCGGUCAUCGAUGCGCGCAUUUACGAAAGGGUCGAGCGUAUAAAUACUAGCGAUCGUAUGCGGGUCAUUCAAGAAUUUUUAUUAUACCGGUGUGCUCUUGAAUGAAAAAAAAAAUAAAUAAAAAUAAAUUAUAGGUAAUGUAAAAAAACAGAAAAAAGAUCCAAGGUUUUUUCUUUAGAUCUGUAUACCGAUAUUCGCGCUGUGCUUUCAUCAUCUCGAGCUACCCGGGCACACGCAGGAGAGACGAGACCCGGUGCACACACACAUACACUCAUACACACACGCACACGAACUCAGCACAAAGCCGGGGCUGAGCGCUGUUAUAUAUAUAUAGCCCAUACGCAGAGCGAUCAAUACGCGGUGCAGAGAAGAGCGGUAGCACAGCGCUGCUGCUGUUGCCUGCUGCUGCCUGGAAGCCAACCGACCGAGUUGUAAGACGCAAAUGGAAGUCCUGACCCUUUUAUACGCUUCGUACUGCGUAAUACCGGUUUUGCGUUCUAUUACGCCUUCGUGCUUGAGCUCGUGUUAUGUAUCGCUGCCGAGAGCGAGGAUACGCUUAUGAUUGUUAUUUUGUAGCGACAGCAUAGUGGAGGACGAGAAUCCGAUGAUGCGACGUGCAGGUUUUGAUUGCGAGGAAAGCUAAUACACUUGGUGAGACACACACGUGUGUGUGUAUAUCUUUUCUUUUCAAAAAGCUGAGAGUGUAGGAUUGGCAACAACAAAAAUAUCGCGUAGCGUGGGAUUUGUACAUUCGAACGAUCAGCAUUCUUACAGAACAUGCAUAGCAAUCAUUCGUCAACAGUAAAAUAUAACAGCUGUCGCAGUUUGGAAACGAAAUUUUCUUGAGCAGGAUUCUUCUUUGUUUGAAUGUUCGAAUUCAGCUUAUCAAAUUGUCAAAUUUUUUAUGGCUCUUAUUUUUUUUUUUUUUUGAACUCAUACGCCUUCCGUUGUCAAUUCUUGAAAAUUGUUUAGGCAUUGAAGCUGGUACAAAUAGGUAUUAAAAACCAAAAGAAACAAAUGAACAAACGAAUUUCACCAUAUAUCUUCAACUUUUAUCUAAAAAAGGCAUUGAGGUUUCACUGCUCUAGGCAGCCUGUUCAGGACUUAAAAUUUUUGUUCGUAUUGUGUAUAAUAUACGGGUCAAUUCAUAAAAUAUAAUACGUACAACCGUACAUAUAACUGUACUAGCAAAAAUUGACUUUCCUCUUCUUUAUUUACAUUUACGUAUAAUACGCUUGUUUUUAUUUUCAAUUAUUGAUUGUGCAAAUUCAAUUUAUUUCGUUCCAAAGUGAAAAGAAUCAAGUUGGUAGCAAAACAUUUAAAGCUAUCAUUUGACCUGAUACUGAUUAUUUCACGUACCAAUUCUCACUCACUUCUCGUUCUUUCUGUAUCAUAAAUUCUUAUAAGCAUGAAAAUCACGGUAAUACAUGAACGCAACGUGUACGAAUAAUUCCAGAACGAAAACCAGAAAAAGAAGGCAUCAUCGUUCCGCCAUGAUCGGGAAUCUUGGCAACACCGGCUGCGAGAAGUAUAUACAUCUAUAGAAGCAUACGAAGCAGCCGCCGCUGCCGGGUGACCGAGCGGCACUCGUCGAAACAAGCAGCGACAGGAAAAAAGUCCCCCUUCGACGAAUCUCAACAAGCUUUUGAUAUGUAAUAGGAAAGAAAAAAAUUGAAUGAAGUUUUUAGGUCGCCGAGCACUGGUUGACAUUCGAAAAAUAACGUAAGGGCUCGUAAUCUUUGUGCCCCGAAAUACCCGAGCGGGGUAUACGUGUUUGUGUGCGUGUGUGCAGUAUACUUGUAUAAACGCAUACAGAGUUACGCGCAGCUUCGCUAGCUCUGGAAAUUUCCACUGCGCAAUUGCAACUAUAUACUACCCUAGAAUUGAAUGUAUAAGGAUGAGUCUAUAUCGAAGCAAAUGAGUCAAAUAUUUUGUUUCGAUAAUUUCGUGCGAGUAUUGUUCUUCAGUGACGUAUCUGCAUUUUAUGAAUCUCAAGUCAGUCUUUCGUGACUUUUAAAAAACCUUUAAAUGUAUUUUUACAAGAAAUGGUCUAGAUUUUUGGAAAAAAUACUUCAAAAAGUUUGGAUAAAUCGGAUUAGAUGCUUCUAAGCAAAUUAAAAUAAUUUAGAUCUACUCAGCUAACGUUCGGGUUUUUAUUAAUAAAACCUCAGAAAGAUUUUUCACAUCACCUAGAAUAAAAGCUAUAUUUUAAUAAGGCACAGGUCUGAGGCACGAAGAAUGAGAAUCGAAUAGAUUCAGUUUUCUAUUAUAAUCUUUUUUACAUGAACUUAUUUAAUCAUUCGGUAAAAACUUAAUUCAUGUUAGUUGAAAUUAUUUGUAUAGGUCAUUCGAUUUGACAUAGAAUCGGCCAUAUUUAUGUAAGUAAGUAUGAACUUUGGCCGAGGAGUACAGUACUGCCAUCAUUUCA